CAUUGUUUAUUCCUCAUAACUCGACUGUGACCCAACCCAGAGCCCAGCACUCCACUCCGCUCGAGCCCUGUCCCGUCAUGCCACAUAUGUGGCUGAGAAAUGUGGCUGAUAAGGGGCAGAAAGAAGGCGGUGAGAGAAACUAGCGUCAAAGCCUUAGGCUCAUUCCGUAUCGUGAGCUGCAACGCGAUUUCGAUUUUAUAAUUCUCGACACCUUCGAUUCAACGGUACCGUCCGCGCAUGAAGUAUUCACUCUUUUGCCGCAGAGCACACUAAGUUCUCGGCUACUUGAGGACCUCACAGGCUCCCAAAUUUCUUUCUUCAUUCCAAUCUUUAUUCAUACCACCACCAAGAUGAGUAUGCGCGAUCUGAUCAACGGGGAGGCCGAGCUCGACGACGAGGAGAAUGAUGAGUCCUUCGACGAAGAGACUGGGGAGCCGAAGCCUAGGAAGCAGCGACUCAAUGGAGAACUCGAUGAUUCCAGCGAGGAAGAAGAUGAUGACGACGAUGAGGAGGCUGCUCGUGCGGUACGCGAGGGCUUCAUUAUAGAGGAUGAUGAGGAUGAAGAAGCUGAGGCCAGAGAACGCCGUCGCCGAAAGAAGCGCAAUCGAGCCGAACGCGAGCAGGAGGAGGCCGUUUUGGAUGAAGAGGAUUUGGAUUUGAUUGGAGAAGCCAACCCAGAGUGGGAGCGCAAGACAGCAGCACAGCCAAAACUCAAGCGACUCAAGCGCGGCCACCGUGACGAUGGGGACCAGCACCGAGAGCGUGGCCUCGACGAGAUCUUCUCCGAGGACGAGGAACUUGAUGCUGGGCAUGACCUGGAUCGCGGGUAUGCACGACCUGACCAUCACAGAGUUGACGAAUUUGCCGACUUCAUCGAAGAAGACGAUCUCGAAGAUGAGGACGAGAGGCAGAGACAUCAAGAGGAGAUGGAGGUGGCUCGACCACGCGAGCGAGGCUACGUUGGAGGAACUGAAGUCAGUGGGCUGGAUAAGGAUGCGUUGGAAGAUAUGGAGGCCAUCUUCGGGAACGGUGAAGACUAUGACUGGGCACUUGCACUGGAGGAUGAGGCUGAAGUCAGAGAGGCUGGGGACCACAAUCUGGAAUUGAAGGACGUCUUCGAGCCUUCUCAACUUUCAGAGAAGCUUCUCACCGACGAGGACAAUCUGAUACGAUGGGCUGACGAGCCGGAGCGGUUCCAGUUGGAUAGGCUGCCGUACAAGAACCUUACUUUCACGGAUGAGCAAUCCAGAGAGGAAUCUCGAUGGAUCACAAGUCUCAUAUGGCCGAAGAAGCAACUUCAUAGCGAUCUGCAAACAUCCUUCACUCGAGCUAUUGGUAAAGUCUUGGAGUUCUUCGUUGUGGAUGAGGUCGAGGUUCCCUACGUGUUCCAGCACCGCAAGGACUACCUGAUCCAUGCAAUCAAGACACGAGUUCGCGAUUCCAACCCAGCCGACACCGAGGAGUAUCACGUCAAUGCUGAAAAGCUCUUGAAUCAAGAUGAUCUUUGGAGGAUUCUGGAGCUUGAUCUGAAGUUCCGAGCUCUUGUCGAAAAGAGAAACGUCCUCGAGAAGACAUUCGACAACCUGAAAUUAGCGGCCGGAAUCGACGAUCCAGUGGUAGAUGCCAUGCUUCCAAUUGCCCAAACUAUGGAGGAGCUACAGGAUGUCCAAGAUUACAUCUACUUCCACUAUUCAUCAGAGAUCAAAGACGUGGCGGCUACGAAUGGUGAUGCCAAGGAGAAACGACGUCCGGGCGGAAAGACAUCAAUCUACGAUCGCAUCAGAAAGAGUAAGGCGUACGACCUUGUCAAGGCUUACGGCAUAUCACCUGAUCGAGUGGCCCAGAAUGCUUUACGAGAGGCUAGAAAGGAGUACACUGAAGAUGCACCACUCUCCCCAAUCGACCUUGCGGAUUCUUUGAUUAGCGAUAGCGACUUUAACACUGGUGAGCAGGUUUUGCUGGCCGCCCGUCAAAUGUUUGCUGAAGAGCUAUUCAACAACCCGCGCAUGCGAAAGCAUUUCCGGAUGGGCUACUACAUGAUGGGCGUCGUCAAUUGUCAACGGACAGAAAAAGGUCUGCGAAAGAUUGAUGAGCAACAUCCGUACUACGAAUUGAAAUACCUCAAGAACCAAACGUUCAACGACAUCGCUAACAAGCCUGAAAUCUUUUUGAAGAUGCUGAAGGCUGAAGAAGAAGGCCUCCUCGAAGUCAAGGUAGUGAUGCAGAAUGAGCGCGAAUUCCGCAAACAGUUGUUCACGGAAUUUUCUUCGGAGAAUUAUAGCGAGUUGGCAGAUGCCUGGAAUGAUGAGCGCCAGAAAGUUCUCGACUUGGCAUUUUCGAAGCUUGAACGUAUCAUCACAAAAGGCGUCAAGGAGAGCAUGAGAACUGAAUGUCAAGACUCGAUUCUCAAGAUUUGCCGCGAAGAGUAUUCGAAAAAGCUAGAUCAAGCUCCAUAUAAGCCUCAUGGCAUGGUUCUGGGUACAGUUCCUCGCGUCUUAGCACUGUCCAACGGCAAAAGUGAUCCAAGCAGGGAUGCGGUAAACUGGGCUUGGGUGGAGGAAGAUGGGCGAGUCUUGGAGAAUGGACGCUUCGACAGAUUGACUAGAGAUGAGAAGUCGAGGGAGGACUUCGUAGAGCUGGUGCAGAGAAGGAAGCCAGACGUAAUUGGUGUCAGUGGAUUUUGUGUCGAUACUCACAAGCUGGUCACCAGUCUUCGUGAUUUGGUGGCAGAAAAGGGCUUGAGAGGAGCUGAGUUUGAGGAUCCAGACACAGGCGACGACUCGAGCGCCCCACUGGAGAUUGUCGUCGUCAAUGAUGAGGUUGCGCGCCUCUACAAAGACAGUCCACGAGCAUCUAUUGAGCACCCGACCUUCACCUCUCUAACGAAGUAUUGUGUAGCGUUGGCGAAAUACCUUCAAAACCCACUCAAGGAGUAUGCGGCGCUUGGAAAGGAUAUCGUCUCUCUGUCCUUCCAUCCCUGUCAACAACUUCUUCCAGAAGAAAAGCUUCGCAAGCAGCUCGAGACAGCAAUGGUUGACAUGGUCAAUCUAUGUGGGGUUGAUAUCAACGAAGCAAUUGGCGAUCCCUAUACAGCUGCACUGCUACCGUAUAUCUGUGGACUUGGGCCACGAAAGGCAACUGCAGUACUCAAGACCAUCAACGCUAAUGGUGGUGUUGUCAAUACACGCGAUGAGCUUGUGGGUGAUCCGGACAGUGGCAAGCUACCAGUUGUAGGUCCAAGAGUGUGGAACAAUUGCGCGAGUUUCUUGUCUAUUGAAUACGAUAGCUCCAAUCCAACUUCGGACUAUCUCGACAAUACUCGAGUGCACCCCGAGGACUACGAGCUGGGUCGAAAGAUGGCCGCUGAUGCUCUAGAACUGGACGAAGAAGACGUGAAGGCGGAGGUCGACGAGGGUGGUCCAGGUGCUAUUGUACGAAAGCUCAUCAAGGACGACGAGCAAGAGAAGGUCAACGAUCUCAUUCUGGAAGAAUACGCCGAGCAAUUGGAGCGUAACUAUAACCAACGAAAGCGUGCAACACUGGAGACCAUUCGAGCCGAAUUGCAGCUGCCAUACGAAGAGUUGAGAAGAGGAUUUGUCACCUUGACCAGCAACGAGAUAUUCACAAUGCUCUCAGGAGAGACGCGUGAUCAGCUCUGUGAGGGGAUGAUCGUCUCGGUCAAUAUAAGACUCGCUAAGGACGACUUUGUCAUUGUGAAGCUUGACUCGGGCAUGGAAGGCCGGGUUGAGUUGCAAGACGGUUCUGAUAGUGAUAUCCCACUUAGCCGACUUUUCGCCCAAGGACAAACCGCCCAAGCCAAGAUUCUUGACCUUGAUCGUACCAACUUCACUGCGAGGUUGGCUUUGCGUGAGUCGGCGUUGAGACAAAACUAUAAGAAGCGCGUAGAGCACGAACCCGGUUCAUGGGAUGUAGUUCAGGAACAUAAGGAUAAGGAGGAACUUCGCGAGAAGGAUAAGGCGACGGGUCGCACCCAAAGAGUCGUCAAGCAUCCUCUCUUCAAGCCAUUCAACUCCACACAGGCCGAAGAAUUUUUGGGGUCUCAAGCGGUUGGCGAUGCUGUCAUCCGACCAUCAUCCAAAGGCAACGACCAUUUAGCAGUCACUUGGAAGGUCGCCGAUGGAGUAUAUCAGCAUCUUGAUGUCCUCGAGCUGCAGAAAGAGAACGAGUUCUCUGUUGGGCGACAACUACGGAUCGCUAACAAGUUCAACUACAGUGAUCUCGAUGAACUGAUUGUAGACCAUGUCAAGGCUAUGGCCAAGAAAGUGGAUGAGAUGACGCAGCAUGAAAAGUUCCAGUCGGGCAGCAAAGCCGACACAGAACGAUGGUUGACUACCUACACGGAAGCUAAUCCCAAGAGAUCUGUCUACGCUUUCUGCCUCGACACGCGACACCCAGGGUAUUUCUGGCUGUGCUUCAAGGCUGGCCAGGCUGCCAAACCUCAAGCAUGGCAAGUCCGCGUUGUCCCCAAUGCAUACGAGCUGUUGAAGAGCCCGUACCCUGACAUGAAGGCUUUGUGCAAUGGAUUCAAGAUGCGCCAUUCGCAGGGUGAGUCGCGGAGACACUGAAUCAAGUCCUUUCCGUGGCAGAGGAUUGUGGAGGAACGAUAUAAUGGCCCGGGGCAAGACAUAAAAAUGGGUAUUCAUCACAGCAUGAGGUUGGAUGGGGGAGUUAACUUUUAGACUGGCAUGAUGGCACAUUCUUGCACUUGUACCAACAUGCGGUGAUCAUUCAUGGAGCGCAUCGAUCCAUCCAAAAUAGCCUUGAUCUCACAGAAAGGAACAAAUUUUGCCUAU